AUGUCUGGGUGGCGGGUGGAUUUAAAAUCUGAUUCAAAACCGGCCCUAAAUUUCAAGGCCUGUUUAAAGGAGUGCAGCCUGCUGAACCUCCAAACGUACAUAACAGACGGAGAUGAAACGUUUGUUCCGGAUGAACCAGAAGUCAGUCAGUUUUUGCGUCGCAGUUUGUGCCUCCACAUCAAGCACCUGUCUCAGCAGCUCAAUUUGCAGCAGGUUCUUAAUAGUCUGGUUGCGAAUUUGGCACUGCUGGUCUGGGCAUUCGGCUGGAAGUCAGCUGCAAACUUUUCGUUCGAUAUUUCGACAUUCCGCGGCACCUGUGAUGUUGCCGGUGCCGCCAAUGAAAACACCGUGGUGCUGAGAACGGUCUAUGGACGAAUUGCGGGCAUCAAGAAGAUUGUUCUUGGUCAUGAGCUACAUACAUUUUUUAACGUGCGAUACGGAAGGGCUCCGGUAGGUAAUCUUAGAUUCAGCUUCCCGCAGGAGCCAUAUCCAUGGGUAGAAGUCAUGAACAGUAUGCAACCGGAUAUUUCGUGUUAUCAGGUGAAGCAUUAUCCGCUGCCA